AUGACAGCUAUUUCAAUGAAUAUUGCUACUUUAGCUACUACUCCUUCACAGGAUUCUGGUUCUAGAAUGACAACUACUCUACGGCAGAUUGCUCAAAAUGAACACAGCUUGGCUGAUAUAGAACAGCAAUUAGUUUCUGGACAAAAUGUUAAUCAUCAAGUAUUUGAAUCUUUUUUGCAAUGUUAUUCAAGAGGCCACAAACAUGAUGUUGAAUGUCUUGAUCUUACAAAUGUUUUUCCACAGGGAUAUAAUUUUGGAUAA